AUGGCCUUUCUAAUGAAAAGUAUGUUGAGCAACCAGGUAAAGAAUUUGGGACUUGGAGGUGGAGGGGAAGAAAGCAAAGAAGAAAGCACCCCUUCUGACCCAGCAGCAGCUGCAGGAAUGACCAGAGAGGAGUAUGAGGAAUAUCAAAAGCAAAUGGUUGAGGAGAAGAUGGAAAGAGAUGCAGCAUUUGCACAGAAAAAAGCAGAGCGAGCCUGUCUGAGGGUUCACCUGAGAGAGAAGUACAGACUCCCUAAGAGUGAACUGGAUGAGAAUCAAAUACAGAUGGCUGGAGAUGACGUGGGUUUGCCAGAAGACCUGCAGAAGAUGGUGGCACAAGAUCAGGAGGAGGAAGAGGACAAGGACUCCAUCCUGGGCCAGCUGCAGAACAUCCAGAACAUGGACAUGGAUCAGAUCAAAGAGAAGGCACAAGCCACCUUUACUGAAAUGAAGCAGGCGGCCGAGCAGAAAUGUUCUGUCAUGUAGAAGAGCCACCACCACCCACGGGCUGUGACUUCAGUCUUGCCUCACCAGGACUGCAGAGUGAGGGCAGGCAGAGGGAUGCACUUAGCUCUAGAGCAUAAAUAUAGAAAAGAGACAAGAGAGAGAGACUUAAAACCCUGAGGAGAGGGGGAAAAGUUACGUGUUGUGACUGC